AUGGUUGUUCUCUCUGAACAUUCAGAAGGAUCUUCACCUUCUUCAUCAACUCAUGGUCAUACAUAUGACGUGUUUUUAAGUUUUAGAGGCAUCGACACUCGUCAUAGUUUCACAGAUCACCUUAACAAGGCUCUCAUGGGUGCCAAUAUCACCACCUUCUUGGAUGAUGAAGAGAUUGAAAGUGGGGAAGAACUGAAACGAGAAUUGGAGAGUGCGAUCAAAGCAUCUAGGGCUUCUGUUAUCGUGUUGUCCAAGAAUUAUGCUUCUUCGACAUGGUGCCUUGACGAAUUGGUGCUAAUCCUUGAGCAACGUAUGACAUCCAACCAUAUUGUUAUCCCCAUAUUUUAUCAUGUUGAGCCCACCCAUAUCAGGAAGCAACAAAGUAGUUUCGGAGAUGCAAUGGCUAAGCAUAAGCAGAUGAUGGAGGAGGAAACUAAUGCAAACAAAAGAAGUCAAUGGACUGAAAAGAUGGAAAGAUGGAACGAAGCACUUUUAGAAAUUUCAAAUCUAAAAGGGAAGGAUGUAAAAGACAGAUGCAUGAAACUGAAUCUAAGUCUUCAAUAA